AACAAUCGGGAUCGGAGUCUGAAAUGGAUGGGCGGAGCUGAAUUUACUCUUCUAAUUCUAAGAAUGGGGUAUUUUUGCAUAAGGUAGACGUAAUGACAUCUGUAAAGCUUGAAGGAAGACUGAUCACUCCAGCAAAAGUCGAAGGGCUAGCUGAUGUAUAUACAACAACAAAUUUCACACUUUUAAAAUCAAGGUGGAUAUCUGAUGAUGAAGUGUCUACUUGUCAGUGGUGCAAAAAUAAGUUCAAUCAGCUGAGGAGGAAACAUCACUGUAGGCAGUGUGGAAAUGUGUUCUGCAGCAAAUGUUGCAAUGAAAAGAUUCCGUUACCACAGCUUGGUAUAGAGGAUCCUGAGAGGGUGUGUGAAUCAUGUCGCCCUGUCACAGAAUUCAUCACAAAAUCACGGUCUCCCCUACAGAACUAUAAGUCCGAAGCUGCUGUUAAUCUGGUGAAUCAGUGUGGAGAAAUCUCAGGACUCUGCAAGGUUGUUGAGCUUGGUGGUGUCCAGACAUUGAUUGUGUUAGCAAAGAAUGAAAGUCUGAGUCCUGUUAUACAGAGUAAAGUUAUUUCUGGUCUCCAGAUUCUCUCCACUCAUCAACCACUUCACAAAUACCUGGCUGAGGCAGGUGCCAUCAAGGCCAUCUGUAGUAUCUUGACAAAAACAGACCUGUCCUUUGAACAGACAUUGGUGGAAGGAAUCAGUACCUUGAAAAUAUUCUGCAGACUUCCUGAUCUAAAGAGUAAAGCUCUGGAGGAUGGCGUCCUGGAACCUGUACUGAGAUUGAGCUGCACUUCUCACUGUAACGCUGUGUCUCUGGUUGCAGUGAGCACGCUCAGUCUGAUCGCUGAGGAUACAAAUACUCACAAGAUGAUCUUGGACAGUCCACUUAAUGUCCUGUCCUCAGUGUGCUCACUGGCCACAUCAGAUGAUGAACAGAUGCAGGAGGUGUCGCUGAAAACCCUUUGUUUCCUUUCUUUGGGAUCCAGCUGGCAGAAACAUAGAAUUGUUCAGGAAGACUUCACUGCGGGCCAAUCAGUAAGGAAGGCCAUUCGGGGAGAACCCAAAAACCAGCAGGUGCUCUGUAAUGCCGCCUGUCUCAUAGCAAACCUGGCCACCAGCAGCGAGGACCAGGGAGGUUUACAAGAAUUGUUGGAUGGACUGGGAGAUCUGUUGAAGCGAGACUUAACAAAUCCCGAUCUUCAGUGUCAUGUUGCCAGGGGACUAGCCAAUUUUGCCAGGUUUCAGCAAAAUGCAACAAAGAUCAAAAAUAUGUUGCCUUUGGUAAUAUUCAAAUGCCUGAAAUCAACCAACAGCCACAUCAAGAUGCACGCCAUGAGGGCAGUCUUCAAUGUUAUGUCCAUCAACCCAUCUGACACCUGUAGUGAGCUUCUCAGAGAUGGAGCAGGCGAACUGUUGGAGGGAUUGUCCCGGCUGAAGGGACUGACCAGUGCUAUACAGGACGCCUUACUAGCUCAGGCCCCAGACCUUGUCAGACCACAGUGACUAAAAUGCCCUAUGUCUUGCUUCAUCUUAUUGACUGUAAUGGCUGUUAAUGGAGCCAUCUACUUUUGCUCACGUGGUGCAUGAUCUGCAGAAUCUUGCAUUUUGUUGUUAAAACCUUGUUUGUUGAUGUAUAGUUUAUAUAGAUAAUAAAAUAAAUUGAACUGCUUAAGCGGUUUAUUACAUACA